AAGUGUACUAGCCAUACUACAUACGGAUAUACUAGUAAAACGCAGUAUUAGACGUUAAACAAAUAUCAACAUUCUUGGCUCAAACGACAGGAAAGAAGCAGCGGACACUAUCGGCUGUUCGGUCACAGUUUCUGACGGACGUUUUAUGGUGUUACACAACAUACCGGUACGUCCAUUUUCGUUUGUCAAACUGAACACAAUGCUAGCCAACAGCUAACAAAAUGAGUUUGUUUUUGUCCAAAUUGUCAUGCAAAAGGGACAUAGACGAGGUAAUAAAAACUGUCGCCGAAAAGGUUUUAGUUCUUCGGUUUGGAAGAGAUGAAGACUCCGUCUGCCUGCAGCUUGACGAGAUUCUGUCCAAAACCUCCCACGACCUGAGUAACAUGGCGUCUAUCUACAUCGUGGAUGUGGACUCGGCUCCCGUCUACACGAGAUACUUCGACAUCAGCUACAUCCCGUCUACCGUCUUCUUCUUCAACGGACAACACAUGAAGGUUGAUUAUGGGUCUCCAGAUCACACCAAGUUUGUGGGCAGUUUUAAGACCAAGCAGGACUUCCUGGAUCUGAUCGAGGUGAUCUACAGAGGAGCUAUGAGAGGGAAGAUGAUCGUCAAGAGUCCCAUCGACCCUCAGAACAUCCCCAAGUACGACCUGCUCUACCAUGGGAUCUAAUCCCAUCACGGCCUGCUCAACCAUGGGAUCUAACCCCAUCACGACCUGCUCAACCAUGGGAUCUAGAUUUCACCACGAUUCCCCACCCUUCAGCGCGGUUUCAAGCACCCUGGCUGUAGAUCUUGUCUGGGGGGCCUUGAGCACGGUUUGAGCGCUCAAGCUGCAGAUGGGGCGGCAGGGUAGCCUAGUGGUUAGAGCAUUGGACUAGUAACCGAAAGGUUGCAAGUUCAAAUCCCCGAGCUGACAAGGUACAAAAUCUGUCAUUCUGCCCCUGAACAGGCAGUUAACCCACUGUUAACCCACUGUUCCUAGGCCAUCAUUGAAAAUAAGAAUUUGUUCUUAACUGACUUGCCUAGUAAAAAAAAAAAAUGUUGUCUGGGGGGCCUUCAGCAUGGUUUAAGCGCUCAAGCUGCCGACAAUUCAUGGGAAAAGAAAAUGUCUGACCAGCACAGAACGGAUUGGCCCAGCCUGGACAAUUGAGGUUAUCAAGUGGCGCCAUCUCACUUCACCAUUCUGAUGUGGUGUUUAGUGAAACUCUCCAUAAUGUGAGGUUUGAUAUUUCCUAGGGAAAUAGAUCUCUAUAGGAGACACAGGUACAUGUCAGAGGACAAUCCUUUAUUUCAUACAAUGAAGACUUGUUGACAGCUGGACAUUUCUUGUUGCCUCUUGUUUAUAGUGGGAAUGAAUGCUGAAUCUAAUGAAGGUCUGACCCCUUGUUGCCUCUUGUUUAUAGUGGGAAUGAAUGCUGAAUAUAAUGAAGGUCUGACCCCUUGUUGCCUCUUGUUUAUAGUGGGAAUGAAUGCUGAAUCUAAUGAAGGUCUGACCCCUUUUGAAAUGUGUUAAUAAAUGUGUCACUUCAAAUAA